UAGACAUAGGGUCUUCACAGAUGGCACCUGGUAAAAAAAAGAAGACAAUACACCCUCCUCCUCCUCCUCAGCAUACGUUAGGUCCUACUACCUCAUAUGUGCCUUUUAUGAGUCCUCCUCCUCCUCCUCAGCAUGCUUCAGGUCCCACUACCUCAUCUGUGCCUUUUAUGAGUCCUCCUUCUCCUUAGCAGACUGCACUACCACCUGGCUUUUUCACUUUGCCCCCUUGUGAUCCAGUUCAAUAUAAGCCUAUAUCUAACUCCCAUAGCAUGCAAACUAUACCAUCUUCUUCCCCAGCUUAUCGUACUACUCAGCACGGUGGAUCCUUCUUAAUGCCUCUAUCAUCAUUGACUCCAUCCCCAAGCAACCAUGUUAGUCAGAAUGGUGGUCUCUCAUCUAUGACUCCAUCUUCAUCUCCAUCAUCAUCCACUCCUAGCAUUUCUAGGACGCAUAUUGGAGGCUCUACCAUACCGUCCUCCCCAUCCAUUGAUACAUCUUCACCUGCUUCUGAUGGUACACAGACUCAGACUUUUGAAGAUGUCGUAACAUACGAUGCUCUUCACAGACCAAUUAUCAUUCCUGAUGGGACUACUGGGUUUGUGAUCGGGUCCAACCCUGCACUACUAUUGAUGGCAGCCGGUUCCUCAGACUGGCCAGCUGCUGCAUCUGAUGCCUCAUGCUCUGCUGCCUGUGCUGUUGGGGCUGUCUCCUCCAUGAUCAGGUCCAAUAGGAUAUCUCCAGCAGAGGCAAUCUAA